AUGUUUUUUACCAUAAGCACCCAUAAAAUGAGCUCCAUUGCAGACAGAAAUGAUGGAAGCAUUUUUGAUGGGCUGGUGGAAGAAGAUGACAAAGAUAAAGCAAAAAGAGUGUCCAGAAACAAGUCUGAGAAGAAACGUCGAGAUCAGUUUAAUGUCCUUAUCAAAGAGCUGGGCUCCAUGCUUCCCGGGAACGCUCGGAAGAUGGACAAAUCCACUGUGCUGCAGAAGAGCAUCGACUUCCUACGGAAGCACAAAGAAAUUACUGCACAAUCAGAUGCCAGUGAGAUUCGACAGGACUGGAAACCAACAUUCCUUAGUAAUGAAGAGUUCACACAGUUAAUGUUAGAGGCUCUUGAUGGUUUUUUUUUAGCAAUUAUGACAGAUGGAAAUAUAAUAUAUGUGUCUGAAAGCAUAACUCCCUUACUUGAACAUUUGCCAUCUGAUCUUGUGGAUCAGAGUGUAUUUAAUUUUAUCCCAGAGGGGGAACAUUCAGAAAUUUAUAAAAUAUUGUCUUCUCAUCUGCUGGAAAGUGAUUCAUUGACACCAGAAUACUUAAAAUCAAAAAACCAACUAGAAUUCUGUUGCCAUAUGCUCCGAGGAACAAUAGAUCCGAAAGAGCAACCUACAUACGAAUACGUAAAAUUCAUAGGAAAUUUCAAGUGUUUGAAUAAUGUUCCCAACUCAGCGCACAAUGGUUUCGAAGGAACUAUUCAGCGAUCGCACCGGCCUUCGUAUGAAGACAAAGUUUGCUUCGUGGCCACAGUUAGAUUAGCUACACCUCAAUUUAUCAAGGAAAUGUGCACUGUUGAAGAACCCAAUGAAGAGUUCACAUCUAGACAUAGCUUAGAAUGGAAGUUCCUAUUCUUGGAUCACAGGGCACCUCCGAUAAUAGGUUAUCUUCCAUUUGAAGUUUUGGGAACUUCAGGCUAUGAUUAUUAUCAUGUGGAUGAUCUAGAUAAUCUGGCAAAAUGUCAUGAGCACUUAAUGCAAUAUGGGAAAGGGAAAUCAUGUUACUACAGAUUCCUCACAAAGGGACAGCAGUGGAUUUGGCUGCAAACUCAUUACUAUAUCACCUAUCACCAGUGGAAUUCCAGGCCAGAGUUUAUUGUCUGUACGCACACUGUUGUCAGUUAUGCAGAAGUUAGAGCGGAAAGACGACGAGAGCUUGGAAUUGAGGAGUCUCUUCCAGAGAUAACAGCAGAUAAAAGUCAGGACUCGGGGUCUGACAACCACAUCAACACAGUGAGUCUCAAAGAAGCACUGGAAAGGUUUGACACCAGCCCCACACCUUCUGCUUCCUCCAGGAGUUCAAGAAAAUCUUCACAUACUGCAGUUUCAGAUCAUUCAUCAACACCAACUAAAAUGACAGUGGACACUAGCACUCCUCCAAGGCAAAGCUUAUCUGGUCAUGAAAAGACUGCACAAAGAAGAUCAUCUCUGAGCAGUCAGUCUUUAAGCUCCCAGUCUCUUGGACAACCAGUAGCUCAGCCAGCAAUGUCUCAGCCUGCAACUCUACAGCUCCAGUCUGGCAUGUCCCAGCCUGUGUUUCAGUUUUCAGCUCAGUUAGGAGCCAUGCAGCACCUGAAGGACCAGCUAGAGCAGAGGACUCGCAUGAUAGAGGCCAAUAUUCAUCGGCAGCAGGAAGAGCUGCGGAAGAUUCAAGAGCAGCUGCAAAUUGUCCAUGGUCAAGGACUCCAGAUGUUCUUGCAGCAGUCAGCUUCUGGACUCAACUUUGGCUCUGUACAGCUUGCUUCUGGAAAUUCUUCAAAUGUUCAGCAGCUAACACCAAUAAACAUGCAAGGUCAAGUUGUUCAGACUAAUCAGACUCAAAGUGGGAUGGGCACAGGCCAUAUAAGUACUCCACACAUGAUACAGCAGCAGCCUUUGCAGAGUACUGCAACACAGCAUAAUCAACAAAAUGUGCUGAGUGGACACAGUCAGCAGUCUUCUCUUGCCUCUCAGUCACAGAACACAGUCUCAGCACCUCUGUAUAACACUAUGGUGAUCUCCCAGCCAGCAACAGGAAACGUGGUCCAGGUUCCUUCUAGCUUACCACAGAACAAUAACCAGAGCACUGCUGCAGUGACCACUUUCACACAGGACAGACAAAUCAGAUUUUCUCAAGGUCAGCAGCUUGUAACCAAACUGGUGACAGCCCCAGUGGCAUGUGGAGCAGUGAUGGUGCCCAGUACCAUGUUCAUGGGACAGGUGGUGACAGCUUAUCCCACGUUUGCUGCCCAACAGCAGCAGCCACAGACUUUGUCAAUAACACAGCAGCAGCAGCAAAGUCAGCAAGACCAUCAGCAGCAGCUCACCACAGUUCAGCAACCAGCUCAGCCACAGCUGACCCAGCACCCCCAGCAGUUCCUACAGACCUCCAGGUUACUUCAUGGAAAUCAGUCAGCUCAGCUCAUCCUCUCUGCUGCUUUCCCACUACAACAAAGCACUUUUACUCAGUCCCACCACCAGCAGCACCAGUCUCAGCAGCACCAGUCUCAGCAGCACCAGUCUCAGCAGCACCAGUCUCAGCAGCACCAGUCUCAGCAGCAGCAGCAACUUUCCCGACACAGAACUGACAAGAUGAGUGAUCCUUCCAAAGUCCAGCCACAAUAG